UGGUGUGGGUGGCAGCAGCAGCAGCAACAGCUUUAACUUAUAACGACCUGGACACCUCUCAAAUUCUUAUCGAUAGUCUCGGCACAGAGGAGCUCGACAAAGAAUUUCGGUCACGACUGGAGGCUCUACAGACAUACAUAGACCACAGAUAUGAAAUCCACCUUGGACAACACGAGAAAACCCUCCAAACGCUGAGCAGACAACGACGCAAGAACUUUGUGGAGCCCAGCCACGAGUACUACUACCAACCGACCCUACCUACCCUGGCACCCGAUGACUACCUUGCCAUACCUACCCUGGUACCUGACUACUGGCACUCUUACACUUUCAAUACCAUUAACGAGAGGGAAAUGGUGGAGGUGAAGUCUGUGAACGUGAGGAGCAGCCUGGGGUCUCUCGACAUCACCCACGUCUUUCAUCUCAACCUGCACCAGUUUCCCGCCAUUUGCCGGAGUGACGUAGGCUGGGGAGUGUUACUACAGCGGGGUCAGAUGGAGACGGUGAAGGUACGCAGUCCUUGGACGGCGACGUUGACGGGAUGCCUAUGUGACCUGGACAACUCGAAGAAUUGUGCCUGCUGCGCCCCUGGCGGGUGUCUGUGUAAACAAGCUGACGGUCACUCUGGGGACACGUGUGUUGAGUGUGGCCUGGAGUCCUCGGUUUCCGCUUGCCAAGCUGCCAACUGGCGUCCUCUGGAACUGGAUGCUGCAGUAGGGUUGCAGUACCACUUGGACGACGUGGCAGAGACGGGGGGGCUCCAGCAAGUGCUCGUAUCUGCUAAAGGCAACACCAUAUCAUUCUUUAAAAUCGACGCGGAGGGGUUGCAGCUAAUCAAGACGGUAGGUACCAACAAGAGAGUAACCCACCUGGGGUAUGGAGAGUUGUUCGUCAGUUUCUACGGCAGCUUCAGAAAGCGGCGGUUCCUAGUGAUCUUCUACGCUGGUGAAGAAGUGCACGAGUACCGCGAAGUUACGGUCAACACAAAAGAGAACACUUUAUCUGUCGGCCUGACAAUGCCUUGGGAGAGCUCCGGCAGCGCCAUGAAGACCUGGGAGGUAACCGGACGCCUAAUGGUAGGCGUACUCAAACACGCCAACCUCCUAUUGUAUGAACUGAAGGAGGACGCGUGGCAAGAGUUCCACAUGGGGCUGGUGCAGACGGUGGUGUGUGUUGAGGAGAUAAAGUCGUUUACUACCUUCGUCUGGGGGCUGGAGCACGUCCUGCUGGUGGUGACUCACUCACUCUCCAGAAUCUACGUUCUCUCCGGCGUCCAGUACGAGACCAUCCAGGAGUUUUACCCGUCUCAUGGCCUCCCGUACUUUCAAGCCUUUUUGCCUGUCCGGGUACCGACGUGUAGGAACGAGGUCGUUCUGCUGACUGGCCACGAGAAGAACCUGAUCGUGUUGGCAUGGAAUGGGACGGCUCGGGCGGCGCAGGUGAUCUACACCACCACGCUGGAUAUUAGCGUCGUCAACUGGGAGAUCGGCUACGUCGACCUGGGCACAGGUGACCAAUCAGCACAGGUUGUGGUACAUGGCACUAAUGGAGUAACGACCUUGAGUGUGCAAGCGACUCUCGUGCCUCUCAAAGAUCCCAUCUUGAUGCAGAACCGUCUCCUUCACGACACGAUGACCAGUCUCCAGGAGGAAUAUGCACGGCAGGCGAAGGAGGUGGAGGCAGCGGCAGGGAAACUGGCAGACAGCCUGGACUGUGGCGAGGGUGGCGGCCAGGGCUCUGGACCUGUCAUCAUCACAGGCUCCCUUACUCUCCUACAUGGUGUGGACGUCUCGGGGGCAUUCAAUACGUCAGGUCUGGAAGCAUCAAGUAUGGGUCUGCGUGGCACGGAGCUGGAUGGUGCCAGCUACACCACCUACAGGGAUCAGUUAAGGGCCCUGGCACACUACAGCGACAUGCUGUAUCAGCUACACACGAUGCUUAUCACAAUCGCCUCCACCCUGGAUGACGCUGUGCCGGCCCAGGGAUCGUCGCGUGUGGUCGGUGGUGUGAAGACUGUGCGUGCCGCCGGACUACACCUAGACACCCUCACUGUGUAUAGCCUCGAUGUUGACCAUUCCCUGGAUGGCUCCGGUGCCUCGGUUCAUCUAGAGAAAAAUAUCAAUAGUGUUGUUAAACGCAUUGACCUCCGCAAAAUAACUGGCCGGAAGACCUUCAACGCCCUGCUGGUAAACACGCUCGACACCCCUUACCUGGACGAUGUGCCUGUAAAUGAUCUAGUGACUACAACGGGCUACCAGAAUAUAGCAGGUGCCACCUUCUCAACACUGGUGGCCUACAGCAUUGUGAUGACAGAUGGCAGCACUGUGGCCGGGAUAGACUUUUCCGAGGACGUGAUGCUUUUGUCUGACGAUAUUGUGCUCGGCCAUGCGACCUUCACGAAAGGUUUAACGGGGGACCGUGUGCAAGUAAUGACAAAUAUGGCGAGUGGGGUUGAUCUGGAUCGUCUGUACAGGAACACAUUACGGGUCAGCGGUGGGACAGUGUUGGGUUCACUUUACUUCCUCAGUAAAGUGACAGUCGGGAGCCUCAAAGCCACGGAGAUGAUGGGGGUAAACGUCGAGGACUUCAUGGCUACAACUGUGUUUAAAAAUCGUGGUGUAAAAAUGAAUGGGAAGUUGACAGUGCCUUCCCCUGUACACAUCAAUGGGGAUCUGACGGUGACUGGCGACAUCAACGGCGAGAGUUUCCCUGCACACUUUCCCGUCCGUACAGACACGACCCUCAACUUUGGACCAAAGAGAUUUUCGAAGGUGCAGUUCGGAUCUGUGAUGGUGGAUGCCGGAGGUACUGUUGAUGGUCUGGAUAUCUCCAGAAUGGUGACCCUAAACACGAAACAACACCUCACUGGCAGAAAGAUAUUUACUCACGGUAUUGACAUAAAGGGCAACUUGGAUAUCGCUACAUCCAUAAUUGACGGAGUGAACCUAGACUUGUUGACGAAGGGUUUAUCGCUCUCUGAAUUAACCGCUUGGAAAUUUAAUGUAGAGUUUAAAAAACCGGUACUGGCACCUUCCCUCCAAUGCCGCGGGAAGGUAAAUGGAAUCGACUUUGCACAUCUUGCUGCUGAUAUUAUCUAUAUGGAUGAAAGUUCUGUGGUGUUGAUGUCUGGAAGAAAAUACUUCGCCAGCGAACUCACCGUUUCUGAUGCUACCUUCAUAAAUACCUUUAAUGGAGAAAAAUUCGACGACUUGGUAACUACUACUGGGGUCUACAUCUUCUCUGGAGAAGUUGUGUUGAAAAAUGACGUUUAUUUUGAAUCUCUGACCGUGACUGGUAGUGUAGAUGGUGUUGACGUGGACCAUUUAGCCGCCUCUGCCUUUUACCUAGACAAGGAGGGGCAGGUGGUGAGAGGGAGACUGACUUUCAGCAAGACGGUUACUGCCGGUGGUCUAGACGUCAACGGUAAGAUCAAUAAUCUGGAUUUCUCUAACGUUGUAACAAAAAGUGGAAAUCAAAACUUCAGCUCUCCACAGAUUCUCGGGUCUGCCACGUUCAGUGCCGUAAAAACUUACGCAAUAAACAUGUUUGAAGGUUACACCGUUAACUCCAUUGAUAUUUCUCAGCUGGCCAAGAGAAGAGUAAAACUGAAUUCUCCAGAAGAUUUCAAUGGAGUGUUAAAUGUUGAGGGGACAGUCACUGUACUUGGCUUUCUCUCUGCCGUCUACAUCAACAAUUAUGAUAUCCAGCAGCUAAAGGACAACCUGGUCACAGAUGACGUGUCGUCUUCACUAUCUGGCAAUUUGAUCUUCUCGCAACUCCACGUUGAGCUUUCUGUCACCACCACAAACAUGGUCGGUGCCAACGGGAUAAACAUAAGUGAUAUAAGCGUCCAUGCUGUUAAACUGUCAUCUGAUAACUACCUGCGCGGCUACAUCACGUGGGGAGACUUGGUGAUGCUGCGUGAUGUGCUUGUGGGCGGGCUCGUGAAUGGUAUUGAUCUCGUCCAACUGAGUGCCGACGCUGUCUACAAAGACAUGUCAACACUACAGUUUAUAACAGGCAAGAAGACUUUCCAGAGCGGGUUUAGUGUGAGGGGUGACAUCAGCGCACAGACCACCAAUGGAAUCGACCUGGCCACCCAAUUGUUUACCCUCCACACAGACCAAGUCAUUUCCGCCGCCUAUAAUUUCUACAAUUUGUUUGCCGAGCAGUAUGUUCACCUUAUCGGUCGUUACUGCGACGUGGACCUAAAGAAGCUGAUGUCGAAUACAUUAAGGAGAAGAGACGACUUUUUAAUCGGUAAUGUAAAUUUCCACGACAUGGUCAAUAUAACGGAAUUACUGCUUGGCGACUCCCUGAAUUCUGUAAAUGUUGUUGAUCGUCUGAGGGACGCUGUGAGGCUCCAUGACUCCUCCAUCACAGUCACUGGGACCAAAACAUUCACAGCCACCACCACCACCACCACCACCACCACCACCUUUAAGAACAUUAAAGCCGCUUAUGUGAAUGGAGUUUAUUUCGAUGACUAUUUAAGUCACUUGGUGCUGAAGAAUUCUCCAAAACAUCUUGACUCUAUAACCGUACAAGGAACCGUUACAGCGCCGACGGUCACGGCAGCUGUACUGAUCCUGAAGGGUACAAUAGAUGGCGUGGACUACCGCGCGCUCUUGGCAGAUGCUGUGAGCCUAUUGGAUGAUCAGGCUAUCCAGUCUUCUCUGGUAUUUAUGGAGCUGGUGGCUGUUAUGGGACAAGUGGGAGCAGUGACACUCAAUGGCCUGGUGCUGGAGACUGACUACUUCACUACCACCACGGACCAAACCAUACCGAUUACAGUCACCUUCGGGGACUUGGCAACUGCAGACGUGAUCGUGGACGGUAUGGUCAACACUUGGUAUCUACCUGUUGAAGUGAGGGUGACCAUGAGGGCUGUGGGUGGUCAAACAGUGACUGGCUUUGUGACGCUGGCGGGAGAUAUAGAGGUGAUGAAGUGGGUGGAGGUAACUGGCAUGACAGGCGACAGUGUGAGGGUGAAGCUCGUAGAACAGACAAUCCUCCUCAACACCACCGCCGAGAUAGAAGGUCUGGUGAUCUUCAGUGGCCCAUUAGUUGUGGGCAGCUUGAGUACCACCACAGGUAUCGUCAAUGGUGUCAACCUGCUUGAUCUCUACUACAACGCCUGGUUUGUUGACGAAGCUUCCCAGCUGAGCCGUAAACUGGUGUUCCAGGCAAGGAUCAUCCUAAAGCAAGGUCUAGUUGUGGUAGGAGAGGUGGACUAUCUCGCGGUGGAGGAACUGUACAGGCAGACUUCGGCGGUUCUCGCUCAAUACAGCAAUAAAACUGAACAAGUGAAGAAAGAUUAUGAGAUUAUGUGUGGCCCGAUCAUAAUCUUGCAUGAACGACUUCAGUCUUCUAUAUACGAAGGAGACUACUUUAUUGCCGUCGGUGAAAUAAAACUACCCUAUGAUAGACAUUCUUCCACAUCCUUCCAGGCAUUCAACAAGACCUAUGUGGUGAUGACGUGGGAGGGAGGACUUUGUGACUCCAUGAUGUAUGUGUUUGACCCCGUCACUCCGCAGCUGAUGCAGGUGUUGAUCAUUCUUAAUUCUGGAUACUCUCAUCAAUGGCUUUACCUGGAGGGUAGAGAUGAGGUGAUGUUAGCAAUGGCUGGGUCUCCUCGCGGUAAUACCUGUACGAGAAACAACAGUGUCAUUUGGCGGGUCAGAGAGGACUCCAGUGUAGAGGUGCACCAGGAGCUACCUGCUGCAGAACGUGUGUCGACAGUAUUGCUGGGUGAGGGAACACAACUGCUGUUCCUACACACCAUCAACCACACCCUUGUCUACAGGUUCCAUGUACAGACAGGAUUCUUUAUCCAGAUUGAAAAUGUUCCUGGAAUAGUAGGUCUCGCUGCAACCGUGUCAAUAACGGGUGUACGAGGAGUCCUGUUCUGGGCCCACGGACGCUCUGGUAAGGUGGCGGUGAACGGUGUGUUUGGAGACAACCUAGAGUUCCCUGCACACAUUGUGGAUGGGGUGAUGUUCCAGCAGGCAGGGAAGGUCUUCCUCGUCCUAUCUGUGGUCAGAGACCUGUGCAUGGGACCACAGUAUGACCUGGAGCUCUAUGCUGUGGAUCUGAAUACAAAGACGGUUAUCUGUGUGGACAGCCAUCGCUUAGCGGCCUCGGCGACGUUGUUGGCUUUCUUUGCUGGUAAUGAUGCUUGUGGAUCAACCAUUAUUAUAGCUGUGCAGCUUAAAGUAUUCCCUUUGGUGUACAAGCUGUUUGGAGAAAAGCUGGUUGUGUUCAGUGAAGAGUGUAUACCAAGAGUGCAGUGGGUGCUAUACCUGAGCACACCAGGCCAGAGGUUCCCACAGCUACCAGAUCAUUACGUACUGUUGGGCAGAGACGACCAAACCAUCCUCGUCACUAGGCUGGUGAUGCGGGGCGUAGCGCUUCCUCCUAAGCAACUAAACUGUGACAAAGAAGCCUUCUACGAUCCCUAUCUUACCCCCCAUACUUAUAUUGGACCAUAAGCCGAGCACCACGAGGAUGCUCUGUAUGUUACUUCUUUAAAGUCGGAACCUUGAUUUUUAUGUAAUUUUAUGUUAAACCUACAAAUAUAUUUGGUCUAAUGAA